AUGGCCUCGAAUGGCCCCUACUAUCAACCUGUCCCGGCGCAUGAUCAACCAGUGUCGGACGAGAUGCGCCUUGCUCAAGGCAUACUGGAUUAUACCGCCUCGGUCCCUCAAGCGUCCAUGUACCCGGAGCCUAACUCGGAAUACCAUCAUGCUCAACAGCUAGCCUCGGACCAGGACGUCGAAGAUCACGCUCAACUACAAGGACUCGUCGAGGCCGCUACCAGCGCUGCUGCCCAAGAACAGAUUCGCCAGCGCAACCAACAGCUUCAGUUCGCUCAGUCAGACCAAGACCUAGCUUCUCUGCUGCGUGAUCCCUCUGCUAGAUCAUCGACUUCGAAGCGAAAGCGCUCUAGCUCCCUCGACAAUGACGAUCCGGCUUCUGCAAGCGAAUCCUCUAAGCGCCCGAGACAUUCUGAAGAUAACCGCCAUCACUCUCCACACCUCGAUGCUCGAGCUGCUGGCGUCCACUCUGCGGCUGCUCUGUUUCGACCUGCCUCCGAUUCUUCCAAGAAGUACACUCGUCCUCCCAUGUCAAAACUGUUCACAUCACUCGAACUUUCUCCGGAGAACUUUCUGUACCUGCAGGCCGCUGCGAAACAGUACAUGCUCAACACAGACUAUCCCGAUCGACAGGCUUGUGUAGGCAACAGAGGAAGAGGUGACAACGAGAUGGUUAAGGCUAGGAUGUAUCAGUGCGUGCGCGAAUUCCUCGAGGCUGAGGGCUGGGGAGAAAAGUACUUCGGAGAGAAUGCACCCCCACCAAACGAAGGAGAAGCCGAUGCUCCACCUCAGCCGCGACGCUACGUCUGGCCGCGUGAUAGAGACCGAAUCAUUGCUCUUUGCACUCCACUCCUGCGUCGCAUGGUUACCAACGAGCGCCAGAGACAGUACGCUAUCGAGACACGCAAAGGCGGCAAGCAGGACAAGAACUCGCAGGACCCUACUGAUCCUCAGAUACAACGCUCAGCCCAAGAUCAGGACGGAGCCUCCAACCCCGCUCAUGAUGGUCAUGCAGAACCAUACGACUCGCGCCUUGACACUACUCCAGCGUACCAUCUCUAUCUCGUCGCCCCUGAGUCCGGUCAACUCGUGCGAGACCGCAUAUCAUUCGCGAUGGAAGAGGAGUUCAGCUGGCAGUGGCUACUUGACACACUGGUAAGCAACUGGUGUAAUGCCCUGCAGAUCGUGCAGCCACCACCGGAUAUCGCAGCCAGCAUUCUCGAGCGCUUUACCAUCAAAGUCCUCACUUCAUCUGGCCUGACCAUUGUUUCUACAGAGGGCGAAUGGCAGCUGGCCGUACAAGACAUCCACCAGACCAUCUGGCUGGACAAUGUGGUCAAAGUUGUGGCCGAGGGUCCACCUACACCCUGA